AUGCCUGAACAAAGCAAUGAUUACAGGGUGGUUGUGUUUGGAGCAGCGGGGGUUGGCAAAAGCUCCUUGGUCCUUCGUUUUGUAAGGGGAACUUUCAGGGAGACCUAUAUCCCCACGAUCGAAGAUACGUACCGGCAGGUGAUCAGCUGCGAUAAGAGCAUCUGCACCCUUCAGAUUACAGACACCACGGGAAGCCAUCAGUUCCCGGCGAUGCAGAGGCUGUCGAUAUCCAAAGGGCAUGCUUUCAUCUUGGUGUACUCUGUCACCAGCAGGCAGUCCAUGGAAGAUCUUCAGCCCAUCUUUGAACAGAUUUGUCAGAUUAAAGGGGACAUCCAAAAAAUCCCAAUAAUGCUGGUGGGUAACAAAAGUGACGAGACCCAGAGGGAGCUGGAUGCCAGCGAGGGGCAAGCGUUAGCCAGCAAGUGGAAGUGCUCCUUUAUGGAGACAUCAGCCAAAAUGAACUACAACGUGCAGGAGCUCUUCCAGGAGCUCCUGAAUCUGGAGAAGAGGAGAACUGUCAGUCUCCAGGUGGAUGGAAAGAAAUCCAAGCAGCAGAGAAAGAAAGAUAAACUGCAAGGCAAGUGCUCUGUUAUGUGA